AUGACCAAAUACAAGCGCCUGGCGGAGGAGGAUAGCUCGGAUGGCUUUGAGCAUCUCGAAGAUCACCACGCAGCCUCCGAAAUAAAGAAUCAUGAUCGGAAGCUGGUGUUUCGUGUCCGAUAUGCCUUCCUGUUACUAUUGGCGACAUUCGGCUUCGUUGAUUUGACAUACCGAGCAUACACCUGGAUCCAAUCACGCAAGCCCAUAUCCUGUAACUGUGGAGAGACGGUUGAAGAAGCCAUCGCCAACAGCUGUAGAUAUGACUCGAUUGCAGCGGCUUGGCUCCCUCCCGCCUGUCGAAAUGACGAGCUCUUAGAGCAAUUCGAAACAUCCGGCCCAAACCCCGACGGGAGCUGGAUGUACUAUGCGGAUAAAAACAAGACGCGGACCCUAUCACUUGAAGAAGUGUCUAUGCUCCCCAAGACUGGAUCGCACUUCUUUACCACACAUCAGUGGCACCUGGUCCAUUGCGCAUACUAUUGGAAGAAGAUGUUCUUAGCUGCGGAGGCGGGUACAGUGAUUGAAGCUCGGUAUAAUAAUCUUGCUCAUAUCAACCACUGCGAGAUGAUGUUUCUGAAGCGCGAUGCAUUGGAUACGAUUGUGACCGAGGCGGGAGUGUCACUGCAUUCGGAUCAAAUGGUUGUGGCGAAGAAACAUGGUCACGAAGGACAUGGGCAAGACGGGAAGUACGGUAAAAGCGCAGGGAAUGGCUAUUAG